UAAAGACCUGGCGAACUAGGAGAAGGGGAGGACACUGUGGGUUCUGCUUUUUUUUUUAAUGCUAAAGGUUGACGAUGACAGUCUUAAUGUUCGAUCUACACAUUGCGAUGUCCAGCUGAGAUUCGUGCAGACCCCUGUGUUGAGGGCACAGAAUGACGAUGGUUCAAGACCGACUCGCUUUGACCCUAAGUUUCAUUGCGCUGGUUGUGUUGGCUUUAUUUACUGAACACGUAUCCAGCUUCAGCGAUGGAUCGAAACUAGCCAAAGGUUUCUCCGCCACUCGAAGUGUUUUUUGUCACAGGUCCACCAACAAGCGCCAACCCCUGCACUUCAACAGCAGAUGUAAUGGCUACUGUGAGCCUAACCGCCACGGUGAACUUUACUACGAUAUGGACAUAAGUGCCUCAACUUACUGGCUGGACCUAAUCACAAUUAAUAUCACCGCCAACGAGGACUCUGACCGCGCAGUCACUGGAUUCUCCAUCUACGCUGUGGACGAGAGCAACAUGGUGGCCGGAAGCUUCGUGGAAGACGAGAACAAUAUCAUUGUCGGCUCCUGUGGAGACAUACUAGCCUACAACCAGGAGACUCACGGCGCUUUCCACAAGAUGGCGGACCACACCAGGAGAAACAUCACCCUGAAGUUUCAGCCAGAUGGAUUUAAUCAUGGCCAGAUUAACUUUAUAGUUUGGAUAGUCAACAACCACUCAGACAUCCAUUUCCUGGAGUCGCAACCAUUAACACCAAGUAAAAACGGCAGCACUGGCCUAGAUUUAUCCAAUGUUCUGAGAGACCUUGUCAGUGACGUCGACAUUAAGGCCUUUGAGAAAUCGUUUGAGUACCGCAAGAAACUGGGCUACAGGCUUGAUCUGGACAACCCAUUCUCUCUGUUUGAUACCAGCCCUGACGUUGUCUCCCUGAUUCCUCUCAACAUGACCAUUUCGGCCAACACUGUCCACAAAUCGGCCAAGGCGAUGGAUAACAUUCCUUCCGUUCACACCAGCAAUAAUGACUCGGGAGUUGACAGUUCCAACGGUUAUCUUCCUGGACCUGAUGUUCCAGUGUCUGAAGCUCGCCAGGACGCCCCUUUUGUUGACCUGGGUGCAGCCGGCUCCGACAUCUACAAGCUUUUUUCAGACGAUCUAAGCAACAGCGCCGACAGCAACAAUAGUUACGAUAGUCUCAACAACCUUUUCGACACCGGAAACAAUCAAGUUUACGACAGUGGAAAUCAAGGUUACGACAGCAGGAAUCAAGUUUACGGCAAUAACAAUCAUGUUUACGACAGUGCUAAUGGCCGCCAGAGCACCAACUUUAGGAGUGAAAGUAAUAGCGGAGUGGCCAAUGGGAUGAAUGAACACGCAAACAAGGUCAAGGACGAAACCACGACGUAUCAACCAGACUUCGUAGACAACCUGGUGGAGCCACGUCAAUUCCCUAGAAACGGACACCAAAAGGAUCCUGUGUGGGACGAAUUAAACAUGCCGGAUUGGAACCCGAGAUUCUCGCGUUACUUUAAUUAGAAACCAAAAAAUAUAAUAUAAUAUAAAGUUGAUAACAUUGA